AUGGCGGCCGUUGAUCUCGACCAGCCGUUCGAUUACAUUAUCGUCGGUGGAGGUACCGCCGGCCUGGUUGUCGCCAACCGUUUAAGUGAGGAUAGCGAUGUCCGCGUUCUCGUGGUUGAGGCCGGUGCCGACCGCACCGCCGACCCCUUAGUCCUUACUCCGGGUCUGGUGGCCGCGUUGUACGGUAAGGAGGAGUACGACUGGAAUUUCUCCUCUGUGCCUCAGUCAACCUUGAACAACCGGACUAUCAACCAAUCCCGGGGCAAGAUGCUCGGGGGUAGUUCCGCUCUCAACUUCUUAAUGUUGUUGUACCCAUCCAAGGGCAACAUCGACGCCUGGGCGGAUCUCGGCAACCCGAGCUGGAACUACGACGCAUUGGCGCCCUACUUUCGCAAGUUUGCAACCGUCCACGGGUCCCCGCAGUCCGCCAAAGACCUCCUCGGGUUGACCUACGUCAAUGACAACCUAGCCAAGGGCGAUGGCCCCAUCCAGGUCUCCCACAGCGAGGGCUACGGUAUCACCAACAAGGCUUGGAUGAAGACUUUUGCCGACCUCGGUCUUGAAGUCUCCACCGACCCCCGCGAGGGACAAGCCCUGGGCGCCUUCCAGAACCACGCCAGUAUCGACCCGGCUACCAAAACCCGCAGCUUCGCCGGUUCUGGGUACUACACCCCCGAGGUGGCCAAGCGGCCAAACCUGGUUGUCCUUACCGAGACUCUGGUAAGCAAGAUCACUUUCGACACCUCGAGCGGCGACGAACCAGUCGCGACGGGUGUCGAGAUCAUCGGCAAAGAUGAGCAGAAGAAGCAGAUCUCGGCCCGCACCGAGGUCAUCCUAGCAGCCGGUGCCCUCCAGACUCCCCAGAUCCUCGAGCUGUCAGGUAUUGGUGGGCGUGACCUGCUCACCCAACACGGUAUUCCCGUCGUGGUCGAGAACCCCAACGUCGGUGAGAACCUCCAGGACCACCCGAUCGUCUGCCAGAGCUUCGAGGUGGCCGAGACCACCCCCUCCGCCGAUGUCCUGCGCGACCCCAACGUCCUCCAGGCCCUCAUGGGCAUGUACCAGUCCGGAGGCGCCGGCCCCCUCGGCCAGAGCAUCAUCAGUGUCGCCUACGCGCCCCUAGUCGACGGCUCCGGCGUGGUUUCCGCCGAAGCCAAGACUGAGCUCCUUUCCAAGCACGAAUCCACCCUCUCCACCCCCGAAGGCAAGGUCAUCCGCAAGCUCGUCGAGUCCCCGACCGAAGCCACCUUCCAAUACCUCCUCUUCCCUAGUCAGGUCUCCAUCCCCGACCACCCAACCAGCAUGGCGCACUACAUCACCCCCGUGCACCCGCAAAACUUCAUCACCAUCAUGACCAUCGUCAACCAGCCGCUCUCCCGCGGUAGCGUGCAUCUCACCUCGGGCACCGACGUCCGCGCCGCGCCCCGCUGGGACCCCAACUACAACAGCAACGCCCUCGACUUCGAGCUGCUCGCGCGCGCCGUGCAGUUUGUCGAGCGCAUCGUCGACCCUUCCACCGCCUUCGGCCAGAUCCUCAAGCCGGAUGGUCUACGCCUGCCCCCGGUACGCGCCACGGACAAGGACGACAAGGAUGGGCUGGAGGCGGCGCGCGAGAUUGUGCGCCAGCGCCAGAUCUCGGUGUUCCACGUUGCGGGCAGCUGUGCGCUGCGGCCGCGGGACCAGGGCGGGGUGGUGGAUGAGCGGCUGAAGGUGUAUGGGACCAAGGGGCUGAGGGUGGUGGAUGCUAGUGUGUUCCCACUUGAGCCGGUUGGGAAUAUUCAGAGUGUGGUGUAUGCGGUUGCGGAGCGGGCGGCGGAUUUGAUCAAGGAGGAUCGCAAGGCCAAGGCAUAA